CUCCAGCCACCAUGUCUCUGCGACACCGCCCCGCACACGAAGACGAGGAUGCGUCCUCUCUCAGGCUAGGACCCGAGUUCAACAACGCGGGUUGUCUGCUCAUUUCUGAGGUCCGCUACCUUUUGGAGCAUCGGCCGUCGGAGAAAGCGGCACCCGACACCUCGGUGUACAAGAAAACGCUGGAGUACGUGAAGACCUUCGCGAAAUUCGACAAGCCAGAAGCGGCUGCGGCUAUCCGAGAGACUCUGCGCCGAGAGUCCGACCUUACGCAGUUUGAGAUUGCUCAAAUUGCCAAUUUGUGUCCGGUGACUGCGGAGGAGUCGAAGAGUAUCAUCCCAAGCCUCGUCAAGGUGGAUGAUGACAAGCUCCAACCCCUUCUCGACGAGAUUCAGACCAUGCGGAAGUUCCAGUCAUGAUCGUCACACGCUGCAGCUUGUUUCCAUAUCUGUGUGAUCUCGUUCCCCAUAAAUACGCUACGCAUGUUGAGAGGGGACUGGCGCGCAUACGGAGAGGUCAGUGCUAAAAAUUCUCUCAGGAUGUGGCCGUGUGACUUCUGUAAUGGUGAACACUGUCAAGGGAG